AUGCCUCACUGUUUGGUUUGUUGUCCUUACACUGGUGUACCUGAACUUUUCCAUGUGGCCUGUGGCACUGUCCCGACAUGUGGCUACGGCCAGGCUGGCUGUCAGGUUCCUUCACUGGCGGAUCUCUUUGACAGGGUCAUACAACAGUCCUCAAGAAUGCAUGGCAUCUCCAGUGACCUGCACUCUCAAUUUGAGCAAUAUUUCUUUCCUAACAAGAACCUGAUGGGAAAACGGAAAUGCCACACAUAUGGGAUACUAACACCAGACGAUAAAGAGAAUGCACAAAGACUCGGAAGAGAAGAACUGACAGGGGUGAUUCUGAUGCUGCUGGGGGCCUGGAAUGACCCCCUGUCACAACUCUACUGGAGCAUGUCUCAGGAUCAGAAUCAAGACUUCAACCACUACACCUCUAAUAAGGCACUGGAGAUCACCGAUAUGGUGCAUGAGCUGAAAGACGGAGUGACAAAAAUGGCUGAGAAGAUGAAGUUAGAGGGACUGCUCGGUAACACUGUGGGCUACGUCUCUCCGGAGAGUUUGGUCACCUCUUCUGCCUUUUCUUUCGACAAACGGGGAGCUCUCGACUCAGUGGACCAUCAUGGCCUACUCUACUGCCUCCGAAAAGAGACUCCAACAAAGUCUCUGCGGACUUUGUUAGAGUCUCUGCAUCCUGAAAUGCACCACCCUUCCAGCACUGGACUGUUGAUGCUGCAGUGA